AUGGCAGAUGUGCAAAUGGAUAUUUACGAGGACAUGUUCAAAGAGAUUACGAAAAAAAUUUACGGACAAGACACAUCGUCGUCCGAGGACAGGCAGUUUGAUGGCCAAGACGCGUACAAAAUGGUAGAAGAGGGCCUGAGCAUGAUCGACAACGAUGAGGCUGAGUCGUUCGGCGAACCAUCGCAGCCCGAGGACGACCCUUGGGUGACCAGUGACGAAACGAUCUCGUGGACUACGUCGAAAAUUGGCAGCUACAACGUGGACAAGAAACUGUUCAAGUGUCAGGAAUGCGAUUCCAUGGGCCUUCUGUCUAGUGUGGCCGAACACUGGCUGGGCACGCACGCUGACGUCAAGGUGUUCCAGUGCCCACAGUGUCCGUACGCGAGCGCGUACACAAAGUGCAUCCGCUUGCAUUUGGCCCGACAACAUAACGUGGUGGCCGAACACGGGACGCAUCAACAGGCUGGCCGGAAAUCGUGGAAGGAGAGCCCGGUACUCGAAGAGGUCACCAGCUACCUGGGCCGGUUGAAGGCGGCGGCAGAUAAAGCGAUAGCUACCGCCGCCGCUGCCGCAGCGGCCGCUGCUGUAGCAGCAUCUGCCGAAUCGGAAGCCGCCGACGACGAAAUGCGACUGAACGCGGCCGACACGGAAACGCAGACCGCUCAGAAGCGGUUUAACUGUGCCCACUGUCCGUACGCCACCGACCGGCGGGACCUGUACACCAGACACGAGAACAUACACAAGGAAGACAAACCAUUCCAGUGCGACAUAUGUCAGAAGCAGUUCAACCGGGCAGACCACGUCAAGAAACACUACACACGCAUGCACAGAGAACACGAGUACUGCUUGAGCCGAGUGAAGCGCGACCCUUUCGGUAAGUCUGCAGCCGCGGCCGCGGCUCAUCAUCAACAUCACCUGCAGAGGGUGACGCUGUAUUCGGGCGACCCACCACCGCUGGAACCGGAGACGCAAAUCAUCGUGUCGCGGACAAUUGACGAACAACCACUGACCCCGGCACCGAUUAUUGCAGCUAACAAUCCUAUUGUAUUAGGAAGAUCAACAACAACAGCAGCAACAGCAACAACAGCAACAGCAGACGGUCGUCAACAUCGCCGUGGUCAAUUUUAA